AAAACAUAAAAAUCGAGUCCCCGCAAAACAGAAAGUCCCCGGAAAAGGAUCGCCUCGCCGGCCGCCGUUCCCUCCCCACAAACCCAAAAUCAACAGCCGGCCGGCCACCGCCACCGCCACCGCCACCUCCCCUUCCUCCUCCUCUCCCGCACCCCCGCCGCCGGCAGCCGCGCGGCGGAGCUGCCGGCGAUGGCGACGGCAGGCGGCCCGGGGAGGGCGCACACGGUCCGCGACCUCGCGGAGGAGGGGAAGAAGCGGGCCGUGCUGCUCCUCGUCUUCGCCUUCGGCCUCGCCUUCCUCAUGUCCCUGACAAGCUCCUCAGUUUGGAUUAACUUGCCAUUUGCCACAGCUUUGAUUGUUUUAUUUCGCUACAUAUCACUUGACUAUGAUUUCCGUAGAAAGAGCACAACUACCACAGAUAACGAUGCCAGUCGCGCACUUACCAAAACAAAAAGUAUUGAACCAAAUAAAAUCCCCUCUAUUCAAAAGGAUGGAAAGUCAGAUUGGAAGAGCAAGGUGAAUUCCCCUCCAGUUGAAGCUGCAAUUGAACAGUUCACAAGGCACCUUGUCACAGAGUGGGUAACAGAUCUAUGGUACUCCCGUGUAACACCUGACAAGGAAGGUCCAGAGGAACUCAUCAAUAUAGUUAAUAAUGUCCUGGGAGAGAUAUCAGUCCGGGCAAGAAACGUUAACCUUAUCGCUCUGCUAACCAGGGAUCUGAUUGAUCUUAUAUGCAAAAAUUUGGAGCUUUAUCAUUUAUGCCAAGCCAAGAUUGGAAAAGAGAAGUUUGUUAAUCUCUCGACGGAGCGUCGUGAUGCUGAACUAAAACUGACCCUUAUAACCGAAAACAAGUUGCAUCCAGCUUUAUUUUCAGCCAGUGCUGAGCACAAGAUCCUACAAAGUCUUGCUGAUGGGUUGAUAUCAGUAACAGCAAAACCUCAGGAUCUGCAGUGUUACUUCUUCCGAUGUACUGCACGAGAACUUCUUGCAUGUGCAGUCAUGAGACCUGUCGUGAAUUUAGCAAACCCAAGGUUUAUAAAUGAAAGAAUUGAAUUGUUGGCUCUUUCUCAUGCCAACAAGGCAGAAAGAGGAGUUGCAGAAUCAUUGGAGCAUGCUACAAUGGUUAAGCAAAGGGAACCUCCUAUGCCAACUGUUGAUGAACUUGCUGCACUAAUAGAUCCCACGAGUUCAGGGGUUGAACUUGUGCGAUUUAGUCAGGAUCAGUCCAAAGCUGCACCAGAUACGCAACUCAGUAAUACUAGACAUCCAUCUAACCUCAAACCAAAUUCCUCUAGUACUUCUUUGACCAAUAGUUCACAUCCACUUGAGUCUAGCAUUUUAUCUUCCACUACCCAUGGUCAUUCGAAUUCCAGUAUGUCAUUGCAUUCCCAAAGUAGUGGCAGGACAACUGCAGAAUGUUAUGAGGGAGAAUGGGCACAGACCAUGGAUAUCAGCUCCCAGCAAAAAAGUCAAGCCCUAGCACCUGAGCACCUUGAGAACAUGUGGACUAAAGGGAAGAAUUACAAAUCAGAAAAUGUAAAACAUGUUGCGAGAGUACCUUCCAAAUCUUCUUCUCUAGGCACUUCUCCAGUGCAGCAGUCAGCUCCUUACAGCACUUCUGUUGGUCAUUAUCCUAGUGCUCCACAAAGGCAGACAACUAUGUCUCGUUCUGAUGACCAACAUUUGAUUAAACACUCAACUACUGCUGCAUACUUAAAUGGCACCAAUCAUCUGAGGAUGGCUUUAUCCAGAGAAAGUGCAGAUCAUGCCAGCCAAGAAGACUUUGGAGUGGACAGUGAGAGUUCAUAUGCCACUGAGGAGGAUGAGAAUAACAAUGUGACUGGGCUUGACUCUCCAGUAACGAGAGUUUGGGACAGCAAAAGUAAAGGAAAUGCCACCUCAUCACAUAUACACCAUCCACUUGAAUCUCCAGGUUUCCAUAAAGCAAAGAAGAACAGAAGUCAUAUUGGCAAGUUGAAAAUGACAAAAACUUCAGGAAGAAAAAGGUCAAGGUCAAAUUCUCAAAAGCCUCCUGUCUGGCAAGAGGUGGAGAGAUCAUCUUUAUUGGUGGGGGAUGAUUUAAAUAUACUGAAUACAUCGGCAGAUGAUUCAAGGACGGAUGGACUGUAUGAUGAUACUGAGGUGGAAAGUAUGUCAAGGAUGUUUAGUGGUGCGAAUGCUUCAUCUUUGUCAUUGGCAUCAACUGACUCUUCAUAUUCAUCAAAUUAUUCCACCACUAAUGUGCUAGAAGACUCUUAUUUGAAGUUGAAAUGUGAGGUGGUAGGAGCUAGCAUUGUGAAAAGUGGAUCUGGCAUGUUUGCUGUAUAUUCUGUUUCUGUGACUGAUGCCAAUGGUAAUAGUUGGUCCAUCAAGAGGAGAUUUCGCCAUUUCGAAGAGCUACAUCGGCGUUUGAAAGAAUAUUCUCAGUACAAUCUUCACUUGCCUCCAAAGCACUUCCUUUCGUCAGGGCUAGAGGUCCCUGUUGUUCGAGAGAGAUGCAAGUUGCUUGACAUAUAUCUAAAGAAGCUUCUUCAGAUUCCCACUGUUUCAAGCUGUAUAGAGGUCUGGGAUUUUCUAAGUGUUGAUUCACAGACAUACAUCUUCACUGACACUCUCUCAGUUAUCCAGACGUUGUCAGUCAAUUUAGAUGAAAGAUCAAAAGAGAAGAAUACAAAAUCAUUCAAUUCUUCCCAAGCUUUGAAUGGGAAUUUGGUCUCUGCUAGCCAAUCUUUGCAUGUACAUAAAGAUGAUACCAUGCCGAAGGAGAAGGAUAAAGACUUUGAUGCUGUUGAUGGUUUGAGAUCAAGGAAGAGGAACACGGAACAGAAUUUAGGAAUUGGUGUUGGCAACACAAAUGCCAAUCUUCAUGAAGACCUCUCUGGAAGUGACCCUGAACAGAACGAGCAUUCAUUUAUAAUAAAUUCGGGAAAUUCUAAAAAGACACUGUCAAGUGAAACUGACUACCCGCCUCAAAGUUUGGAGUCUGAUGGAUACUCAGUAGCUCCUAAUGAUUGGAUGGCUCCAAAUCUUAGUGUGCCCUUAUUUCAUUUGGUUGAUGUGGUUUUUCAGCUCCAAGAUGGUGGCUGGAUCAGGAGGCAAGCAUUUUGGGUAGUGAAGCAAAUACUGCAACUGGGAAUGGGAGACACAUUUGAUGACUGGCUUGUUGAGAAAAUCCAGUUACUUAGGAAGGGGAGGAUUGUUGCUUUUGCAGUUAAGCGGGUUGAACAAAUACUCUGGCCAGAUGGAAUUUUCCUGACAAAACAUCCUAAGAGAAAAGCAGCAACACCUCCACCUGGUUCCCAGAGUAACGGCAUGGCCAACUAUCUGACUGAUGAACAACGACUAGAGGAUGCUCAUCGUGCAAAUUUUGUCCAUGAACUAAUGAUAGAGAAAGCACCAUCUGCGUUAGUGAGUCUGGUUGGUCGAAAGGAGUACGAAAGAUGUGCUCAGGACGUCUACUUCUUUCUUCAGUCUCCAGUUUGUUUGAAGCAGCUAGCAUUUGAAGUCCUAGAGCUCCUUGUACUAGCUGCAUUUCCAGAGUUGGAUGACAUUGUGAAGAAGUGGCAUGAAGACAAACAGCAGUUGUACGCCCUGGAAUAAUUUUUCAUGGUGAACGAAUUAUUCCGCAGGGUCAGAUCAAACACGUAUGCUUGAUGCAGAGUGCAGAUCCAUUCCAGUGUAAAUAAGGGAAUCCCGAAAUCAGUGCUGUUUUGACAUUUCUGUUUAAAUGGAGGCGACUUCGUGCAGUGUGAAUAUGAUUAGUUAGCAGUUUGUGAGAACGGUCCCUUCUCCCCCAUGGACCAGUAGGCCGUUUUUUUGUUCGACAGACUGGUCUCUCUUUUUUUUUCUCAUAGAAUCAUAGAGUUUGGUAUACAUAAUGCAGCUUGAAAGAAAGAGGUCACACAGUAUUUUUUUACUGUAGGUGUAGGGUUGAUGUACUUUUUGUUAGCGUCUGUUUUUUGUCCCCUGUGGGUGUUACCAAAUUUUGUAACUCCGCAUUACGUUGAAUGAAAUAAAGAAGUGAUCCAGGAAUUCCUCCUUC